GCUCCCCUUUCUCCCACACACGCCCCCACACACACUCUUCUCCUUCCCUACUAAAAUCGAUACUCAGAUCGGAAGAAGAAAGUUACAGAGAUGGCGACCAACAUCGGAAUGAUGGACGGGGCAUACUUCGUCGGCAGAUCGGAGAUUCUCGCCUGGAUCAAUUCUACUCUUCAUCUCAACCUUUCCAAAGUCGAAGAGGCUUGCACAGGUGCCGUUCAAUGCCAGCUGAUGGAUGCCGUUCAUCCAGGGAUGGUUCCGAUGCACAAGGUCAAUUUCGACGCGAAGAAUGAGUACGAGAUGAUUCAGAACUACAAGGUUCUUCAGGAUGUUUUCAACAAACUCAAGAUCACUAAGCAUAUAGAGGUUAACAAAUUGAUUAAAGGGAGGGCGUUGGAUAAUUUGGAAUUUAUGCAAUGGAUGAAGCAUUACUGCGACUCUGUUCAUGGAGAACACAUAAACAAUUACAACCCUUUGGAAAGGAGAGAGGCUUGCAAAGGUGGAAAAGAGCUGAGCAGGAGAACUGCAGCAUCGCAACCUGCAACUAAAACUUCGGCAGCAGUCCCCAAACACGCCACUCAUACUAGCCGAAGAACCGAUGUAACUCAUUCGAACACAUCAAAUCAAUCUGUUAAAGUUUCUUCUAGGCCUUCUUCAAGUAGUGGGCCUUCUUCUUCUGUCUACCCUGAAGCAGAACGUGCAAAGUUCGAACAACAGAUCACUGAAUUGAAGCUAUCAGUUGAUAAUCUUGAGAAAGAAAGGGACUUCUACUUCAACAAGUUGAGGGAUAUCGAGAUCUUGUGCCAGAUCCCUGAUAUCGAAAAAUCACCUGUGAUGGAAGCAGUGAAAAAAAUCUUGUACGCUUCAGAGGAUGAUGGGCCGGUUAUUGCAGAAGCUCAAACAAUGAUUUCACAGCACCAAGUGGAGCUAUUACGCGUAGAAUCGGAGGAUAAUGAGGAAAAGUCGAAGACUGAUUCUCAAAAGAGGAAAAGUAUUGUAAAUGUUGAUGUUGAUGCUGCUGCAAGCAAUACAUUGUCUCCGAGGCAAAGGUUGUCUGAAAACGCUGAUGUUCAUUGCAGUGGAUCGCCUCUUGUCACUUACUGAUCGUCGUAUUGCUUUACAUCAGUUCGCAUGGUUACUACACCUAUUCUUCUUCCCUUAAUAUUUCCCUAAUAUGAUCAUAUUAUUUGAAACAAUUCAAAAUUGUCCUUCCAAACGUAGCAAGAUGCUCGGGUUCAAUAGAUUAUUGGCCCUCUCUUUUUGUUGUCUGUUUAGAAUAUAUAUGAGCAUAAAAUCGUAUCUUUUUUUUGCCGAAUGGUUUUCUAGCACCAUUGUGUAACAUUCGUAUCUUUACUAGGUCUGUAUAAUUACAUCCGUGAACACCAUUUGGUCAUGUUUCGUGUUUUCUCGCAUGUCAAUGCACUAUAAUAAUGAAAAUUUAAGCUACAUUCGAAAA